GCUCCGAAAAGGAAGUUCGGGGCGGGGCCGGCGACCCAGAGGGCUUGCGUCGGCGCGAAGAUGGGGGAAGAGGCAAGCGUCCGCGUGGUCCGUUGUGGCGGCAGCGAGCUGAACUUUAGGAGAGCUGUGUUCUCUGCGGAUUCCAAGUAUAUCUUUUGUGUCUCCGGAGACUUUAUUAAAGUUUAUAGCACAGCUACAGAAGAGUGUGUACACAUACUACAUGGGCACAGAAAUCUGGUAACCGGAAUCCAGCUCAACCCCAACAACCAUCUCCAGCUAUAUUCUUGUUCCCUUGAUGGCACAAUUAAACUGUGGGACUACAUAGAUGGCAUUUUGAUAAAGACUUUCAUAGUUGGAUGUAAACUUCAUGCCCUUUUUAUUCUCACCCGUGCUGAGGAUUCUGUCUUUGUUACAGUAAAUAAGGAAGAACCAGAUGUCUUUCAGCUGGUCUCAGUGAAACUGCCAAAGUCAUCAAGUCAGGAAGUAGAAGCUAAGGAGCUGUCCUUUGUUUUGGAUUACAUAAACCAGUCCCCCAAGUGCAUUGCCUUUGGAAAUGAGGCAGAAUAUGUUGCUGCAGUACGGGACUUUUACUUGUCUGUUUAUUUUUUUAAAAAGAAAACAACAUCAAGAUUUACUUUAUCAUCAUCAAAAAAUAAGAAACAUGCUAGGAACAAUUUUACAUGUGUAGCAUGUCACCCGAAGGAAGACUGCAUCGCAUCUGGUCACAUGGAUGGCAAGAUUCGCCUUUGGAGGAAUUUUAAUGAUGAUAAGAAAUAUAUUUAUACUUGUUUACAUUGGCACCAUGAUAUGGUUAUGGAUCUGGCUUUUUCAGUGACAGGCACCAGUUUGCUGAGUGGCGGCCGCGAGUCUGUGCUUGUGGAGUGGCGCGACGCGAUGGAGAAGAACAAGGAGUUCCUCCCCCGCUUGGGGGCUACGAUUGAGCACAUCUCGGUCUCACCUGCAGGAGAUCUGUUCUGUACUUCUCACUCUGAUAAUAAGAUAAUCGUUAUUCACCGAAACCUUGAGGCAUCUGCAGUAAUUCAAGGCUUAGUGAAAGAUAGGAGUAUCUCCACAGGUUUGAUGAUUGAUCCAAAAACUAAAGCUCUAGUUUUGAAUGGAAAGCCUGGGCACCUGCAGUUUUAUUCUCUCCAGAGUGAUAAGCAGUUAUACAAUCUAGAUAUUAUACAGCAAGAAUAUAUAAAUGAUUAUGGUCUGAUCCAAAUUGAACUAACAAAGGCUGCAUUUGGCUGCUUUGGUAACUGGCUUGCAACGGUGGAACAACGGCAAGAAAAGGAAACUGAACUUGAAUUGCAGAUGAAACUGUGGAUGUAUAAUAAGAAAACACAAGGGUUUGUUCUUAACACAAGGAUUAACAUGCCACAUGAAGACCACAUCACAGCUCUCUGUUUCUGUAAUACAGAAAAAUCUGAGCACCCCACCUUGGUUACAGCUAGUAAAGAUGGUCACUUCAAAGUAUGGAUAUUAACAGAUGAUUCUGAUAUAUACAAAAACGCAGUUGGCUGGACCUGUGAUUUUGUUGGUAGUUAUCACAAAUAUCAAGCAACUAACUGUUGUUUCUCCGAAGAUGGCUCUUUACUAGCAGUUAGUUUUGAGGAAAUUGUCACAAUAUGGGAUUCUGAAACAUGGGAACUUAAAUGUACAUUUUGCCAUCGAGCUGGGAAAAUAACGCGCCUUUGCUUUGGGAGAUUGACAUGUUCAAAGUAUCUACUUGGUGCUACUGAAAAUGGCAUUCUUUGCUGUUGGAAUCUGCUCAGUUGUGCAUUGGAGUGGAGUGCAAAAUUAAAUGUUAGAGUUAUGGAACCUGAUCCUAAUUCAGAGAAUAUUGCUGCAAUCUCUCAGUCUUCAGUGGGUUCAGAUUUGUUUGUAUUUAAACCUAGUGAACCAAGGCCAUUGUAUAUUCAAAAGAAUAUCUCUAGAGAGGAAGUCCAGUGGGGAGUGUUUGUUCCACGAGAUGUCCCUGAGUCAUUCACCUCAGAAGCUUACCAGUGGCUGAACAGAUCCCAGUUUUACUUCCUAACAAAAUCACAGAGUUUAUUGACAUUCAGUACAAAGUCUCCAGAAGAAAAACUCACACCAACAAGCAAACAGCUGUUAGCAGAAGAAAGUCUUCCAACAACCCCAUUUUAUUUCAUAUUGGGAAAGCACAGGCAACAGCAGGGUGAAAAAUUUAAUGAGACUUCAGAGAAUGAACUGGUACAGCUGCCAUUAACAGAAAACAUACCUGCAAUUAGUGAGCUUCUUCACACUCCAGCCCAUGUCCUGCCCUCAGCCACUUUCCUGUGCUCCAUGCUCAUCAACUCACUGCUGUUGUCUAAAGAGACUAAGAGUGCCGAAGAAAUUCCUGAUGAUGUAGAUAUGGAAGAAGAAAAGGAAAGUGAUGAUUCAGAUGAAGAAAAUGAUUUUACUGAAGAAGUCCAGGAUACAAAUAACACAGAUUUGGGAGUAGACAUACAUCAGUUGUCAAAAUCUGAAGAAAAAGAACUGAGAAAAUUCCGGAAAAUAGACUAUAGCUGGGUAGCUGCUCUUUAGGCCUCAAAGAUGGGGGAGGGUUCUUGUACUUUGGUGUUUUUUGUAUGUUGAUACUCAAAAAAUAUCUAUUUUAAUGUUAUUUCUGUUCUUAAAAUAUUAAAUAUCGACAGACUUGAGCUCUUAAAAACUGGUAAUAU